AUGGCAGUCCUGCUCCCCCAGGAAAUCUCGCUGCUGCUCACGGAAUAUGUGGAUUACUAUGGAGGUCCAGGAAUUCAGCACAUAGCUUUGAACACAAAAGACAUUAUAAAAGCAAUAACAAACCUGAGAUCUCGCGGUAUGGAAUUUCUUUCGAUUCCUGACACUUAUUACAAGACACUCAAAGAACGACUGAAGGAUGCAAAGAUCAAGAUUACUGAAGACAUGGAUCAGCUUCAGAAACUGAAUAUUUUGGUGGAUUAUGAUGACAAUGGCUAUUUGCUUCAGAUAUUUACUAAACCAAUGCAAGACAGGCCAACAUUAUUUCUUGAAGUUAUACAGAGACAUAACCAUCAAGGUUUUGGAGCUGGAAAUUUUAAAGCUCUGUUUGAAGCUAUUGAAAUGGAUCAAGCCGAAAGAGGAAACUUAUAAGACAUUCUAACUAAUGGAAAUACAUGAAGAGGAAAAAAUUAUGACAGCUUACAAUAAAUCAACAAGUGAUAAAAAGAAACUAAUAUUGAAAAAUGAAACAAUUCAUCUUCAACAAAGAAAGAAAAAAUCAUAAUUUAAAAAUUUCUGAAUUAUCCUACCUUUUUCAAAACUGAAAGGACAACAUAUAUUUGAUUACGACUACUUAUUAAGUUACAAUAAAUUAUUUAUGAUGAU